UACAAGUUUUGCCAUCAUUGGCUGAACUUUGAGGCGCCUGCAAGUUCUACUUUGUUUGGAGAUGUCGGCGCCGUCUCCACCCCUCAUCCUGCUGUUGGAGGAGGAGCAGGCACUUUUUUAUUAGGAUUUUGGCGAGGAGGAAAUGCAAGAAAAUGUUAAGAUGAGUGCCCGUACUUAACCGCGCUCGGACCAUCAGGCAGCUUUUACCCCCUUGGACUCCGGCCGCCCGGUCGCCAUGGAGACGGUGGUGAUCGUGGCCAUCGGGGUGCUGGCCACCAUUUUCCUGGCGUCCUUGGUGGCCCUGGUGAUGGUGUGUCGACACCGCUACUGCCGCCCGCACCACCUGCUGCUGCACCACUUUGACUCCAAGCCCACCGUGGACCUGAUCGGCGCCAUGGAAACCCAAAGCGAGCUCUCAGAGCUGGAGCUGGACGACGUGGUCAUCACCAACCCUCACAUCGAGGCCAUCUUGGAGAACGAGGACUGGAUAGAGGACGCCUCAGGUUUGGUCUCUCACUGCAUCUCCAUCCUGAAGAUCUGCCACACUUUGACGGAGAAGCUGGUCGCCCUGACGAUGGGCUCAGGGGCGAAAGUGAAAGCGCCGGCCAGCCUUAGCGACAUCAUCACGGUGGCCAAACGCAUCAGCCCCAGGGUGGACGACGUGGUGCGUUCAAUGUACCCACCUCUGGACCCCAUCCUCCUGGAUGCCAGGGCCACAGCUCUGCUGCUGUCCGUCAGCCACCUGGUUCUGGUGACCCGCAACGCCUGCCACAUGUCCGGCAGUCUGGACUGGAUCGACCAGUCGCUGCAUGCGGCCGAAGACCACAUGGUGGUGUUGCGGGAAGCGGCGCUGGCCUCCGAGCCGGAUCGCUGCCUUGCUGGAGGUGAAGUCCAGAGGGAGCAGGCCAUCUAGACCCCGACUCAGACUGAAUAAAUCCAUGGGGUCUAUGUCUGUGACAUCCUCUUAUGUCCGCUUUCUGACCACUUUCAAGAGGAACUGUACUUUUUUGGGAGUUUUGCCUGUCAUUCACAGUCCUUAUGUAAGACAAGAACACAUGUUCUUUUUAAUGCAUUCUAAAUCGUAAAUAAACGCUAGCAAAAGUCAGCUAACAAUAGAGGUAAUAUAGGAGUCAAUCUAUUUUGCCUACAAAACACUAAAAAAAAAACUACAUCAGCGUUUUAUAUACAUACUGUAAGUAUAUAUGUAAUGUAGUAACAGGCACAUUCAUAAUAUUAUGUACUAUUUAAAUUAGAGAUGUCCGAUAAUGGCUUUUUUGCCGAUAUCCCGAUAUUGUCCAACUCUUAUUUACCCAUUCCGAUAUCAACCGAUACCGAUAUAUACAGUCGUGGAAUUAACACAUUAUUAUGCCUAAUUUUGUUGUGAUGCCCCGCUGGAUGCAUUAAACAAUGUAACAAGGUUUUCCAAAAUAAAUCAACUCAAGUUAUGGAAAAAAGUGCCAACAUGGCACUGCCAUAUUUAUUAUUGAAGUCACAAAGUGCAUUUUUUUUUUUUUAACAUGCCUCAAAACAGCAGCUUGGAAUUUGGGACAUGCUCUCCCUGAGAGAGCAUG